AUGCAGUUGGAUGACUGUAGCCGGAAGAAGUUGCUGGAGUUCCAGGCUCUCUUUUGUCUCCAACUCCAGGGUUAUGGGACUUCUGAGCCUUCACCUAAAAGUUGCUCAUUUUUGCCCAGCUCAUUCCCCAUUCUGUUCAUCUAUCUAAAGCAAACCUCUUUAGUGUCUCACAUGGAUUAUUCCGGCCGCCAGAUGUUGGAGCAGCUCGUCAGUUGGGUGCUCUGCGAGAGUGAGGUCAUGGUAGACGUAGAAGUACAAGAAGCUCACUAUGGGAAGUCUAGGGAGUCUCCUCUCCUUGCAUCCACAGCCUCCCAUCUUCGUUGUGUUCCAUUCUCGUGUUCCCACACCUUUGGCAUUUACAUCUCACUCACGGAAAUUUUAUUACCUGUGAUUCUGAGUAAUAAUAAAAUAUCCGAGCUGAAGAAUGGCUCAUUUUCUGGGUUAAGUCUUCUUGAAAGAUUGGACCUCCGGAACAAUCUUAUUAGUAGUAUAGAUCCAGGUGCCUUUUGGGGACUGUCAUCGCUAAAAAGAUUGGACCUGACCAACAAUCGAAUAGGGUGUCUGAAUGCAGACAUAUUUCGAGGACUCACCAAUCUGGUUCGGCUAAACCUUUCGGGGAAUUUGUUUUCUUCCUUGUCUCAAGGAACUUUUGAUUAUCUUGGCUCAUUGCGGUCUUUAGAGUUUCAGACCGAAUAUCUUUUGUGUGACUGUAACAUACUGUGGAUGCAUCGCUGGGUAAAGGAGAGGAACAUCACCGUACGAGACACCAGGUGUGUUUACCCUAAGUCGCUGCAGGCUCAGCCAGUCACAGGGGUGAAGCAGGAGCUGCUGACAUGCGAUCCUCCCCUUGAGUUGCCGUCCUUCUACAUGACUCCGUCCCACCGCCAGGUUGUGUUUGAAGGGGACAGCCUGCCCUUCCAGUGCAUGGCUUCGUACAUCGAUCAGGACAUGCAGGUGUUAUGGUACCAGGAUGGGCGAAUAGUUGAAACUGAUGAAUCCCAAGGUAUCUUUGUUGAAAAGAACAUGAUUCACAACUGUUCGUUGAUUGCAAGCGCCCUAACCAUUUCUAAUAUUCAGGCUGGAUCUACUGGAAACUGGGGCUGUCAUGUCCAGACCAAACGUGGGAACAAUACAAGGACUGUUGAUAUUGUGGUAUUAGAGAGCUCUGCACAGUACUGUCCUCCAGAGAGAGUGGUAAACAACAAAGGUGAUUUCAGGUGGCCCAGGACCUUGGCGGGCAUUACGGCAUAUCUGCAGUGCACCCGGAACACCCACGGCAGCGGGAUCUAUCCCGGGAACCCACAGGAUGAGAAAAAGGCUUGGCGCAGAUGUGACAGAGGUGGUUUCUGGGCAGAUGAUGAUUAUUCUCGCUGCCAGUAUGCAAAUGAUGUCACUAGAGUUCUUUAUAUGUUUAAUCAGAUGCCCCUCAACCUCACAAAUGCCGUGGCAACAGCUCGGCAGUUGCUGGCUUACACCGUGGAAGCAGCCAACUUCUCUGACAAAAUGGAUGUUAUAUUCGUGGCUGAAAUGAUAGAAAAAUUUGGAAGAUUUACCAAAGAGGAAAAAUCAAAGGAGCUGGGGGAUGUGAUGGUAGACAUCGCAAGCAACAUCAUGUUGGCUGAUGAGCGUGUUCUGUGGCUGGCACAGAGGGAAGCAAAGGCCUGCAGCAGAAUUGUGCAGUGUCUGCAGUGCAUCGCAACGUACCGGCUCGCCAGCGGGGCUCAUGUGUAUUCAACAUAUUCGCCCAACAUUGCUCUGGAAGCGUAUGUCAUCAAGGCCGCGGGCUUCACGGGGAUGACCUGCACUGUGUUCCAGAAAGUGGCUGCCUCUGACCGCACAGGUAUUUCCGAUUAUGGGCGGCGGGAUCCAGAUGGAAACCUGGACAAGCAGCUGAGCUUUAAGUGCAACGUUUCCGGCACAUUUUCAAGUCUGGCACUAAAGAACACUGUCAUUGAGGCUUCUAUUCAGCUUCCCCCUUCCCUUUUCUCACCAAAGCAAAAAAGAGAAGUCAGACUAACUGAAGACUCUCUUUACAAGCUUCAACUCAUUGCAUUCCGUAAUGGGAAACUUUUUCCAGCCACUGGAAAUUCAACAAACUUGGCUGAUGACGGAAAGCGGCGUACAGUGGUUACCCCUGUGAUUCUCACCAAGUUAGAUGGUGUGAAUGUAGAUACCCACCACAUCCCUAUUAAUGUGACACUGCGUCGAAUUGCGCAUGGAGCAGAUGCAGUCGCAGCCCAGUGGGAUUUUGAUUUGCUGAAUGGACAAGGAGGCUGGAAGUCAGAUGGGUGCCGUAUACUCUACUCAGAUGAAAAUAUCACUACAAUUCAGUGCUACUCCCUAAGCAACUAUGCAGUUUUAAUGGAUUUGACAGGAUCUGAACUGUAUACCCAGGUCGCCAGUCUUUUGCAUCCAGUGGUUUACACUACUGCUGUCAUUCUCCUCUUAUGUCUCUUGGCCAUCAUUGUGAGUUACAUGUACCACCACAGUUUGAUUAGGAUCAGUCUCAAGAGCUGGCACAUGCUUGUGAACUUGUGCUUCCAUAUUUUUCUGACCUGUGUGGUCUUCGUGGGAGGAAUAACCCAGACCAGAAAUGCCAGUGUCUGCCAGGCAGUUGGAAUAAUUCUUCAUUAUUCCACCCUUGCCACUGUACUGUGGGUGGGAGUGACUGCUCGAAAUAUCUAUAAACAAGUCACUAAAAAAGCUAAAAGAUGCCAGGAUCCUGACGAACCUCCCCCUCCUCCAAGACCAAUGCUCAGGUUCUAUUUGAUUGGUGGUGGGAUCCCCAUUAUAGUUUGCGGCAUAACAGCCGCAGCAAACAUCAAGAAUUACGGCAGCCGGCCAAGUGCGCCCUAUUGCUGGAUGGCCUGGGAACCCUCUUUGGGAGCCUUCUAUGGACCUGCCAGCUUCAUUACUUUUGUAAACUGUAUGUACUUCCUAAGCAUAUUUAUUCAGCUGAAAAGACACCCGGAGCGCAAAUAUGAGCUCAAGGAGCCUACGGAGGAGCAACAGAGAUUGGCAGUCAAUGAAAAUGGUGAAAUAAAUCAUCAGGAUUCAAUGUCUUUGUCCCUGAUUUCUACAUCAGCACUGGAGAACGAGCACACUUUUCAGUCUCAGCUCGUGGGAGCCAGUCUGACUCUGCUCUUAUACAUCGCUUUGUGGAUGUUUGGGGCCUUGGCUGUGUCUUUGUAUCACCCUUUGGACCUGGUUUUUAGCUUCUUUUUUGGAGCCACAUGUUUAACCUUCAGUGCAUUCAUCAUGGUUCACCAUUGUGUGAGCAGGGAGGACGUCAGACUUGCGUGGAUCAUGACCUGCUGCCCUGGACGGAGUUCGUACUCAGUGCAAGUCAACGUCCAGCCCCCCAACUCCAGUGGGACAAAUGGAGAUGCAGCAAAGUGCACCAACAGCAGUGCGGAGUCCUCAUGUACAAACAAGAGUGCCUCGAGCUUCAAAAAUUCCUCCCAGGGCUGUAAGCUAACAAACUUGCAGGCUGCGGCAGCACAGUGCCACACCAAUUCCUUACCUUUGAACUCCAACCCUCAGCUUGAUAACAGUCUCACAGAACAUUCAGUGGACAAUGAUAUCAAAAUGCAUGUGGCGCCGUUAGACGUGCAGUUUCGAACAAAUGUGCACUCAGGCCGCCAUCAUAAAAACCGGAGCAAAGGGCACCGGGCUAGCCGACUCACCGUCCUCCGAGAAUAUGCCUACGAUGUUCCCACGAGUGUGGAGGGCAGUGUGCAGAAUGGCUUACCCAAGAGUCGGCUGGGCAAUAAUGAGGGACAUUCUAGGAGUCGGAGGGCUUACUUAGCCUACAGAGAGAGGCAGUACAACCCACCCCAACAGGACAGCAGUGAUGCUUGUAACACACUUCCCAAAAGCAGCCGGAAUUUCGAAAAGCCUCCUUCAACGAGUAGUAAGAAAGAUGCAGUAAGGAAGCCAACUGUAGUUGAACUUGAAAGUCAGCAGAAGUCUUACGGCCUCAACUUGGCCAUUCAGAACGGACCAAUGAAAAGCAAUGGGCAGGAGGGGACCCUGCUCAGUACCGAUAGCACUGGCAAUGUUAGGACCGGGUUAUGGAAACAUGAAACUACUGUGUAGCAUUGCUGGGCUUCUUCAGCGGAAACUGACAUAAACUGUGAUCCUCACAUUCCUUUAAGCUACGAACUUUUAAACACAGUUUACAGCCACCUUAGGAAUUCAGAACAACUUUCAGUACAUUUUGAAGUUUUGGAUUUUACUUAUUUUGUAUUCCCAAAUUGUUGCCUUUUUUAAAAAAUUAAAGUAAGUCCUUUAAAACAUCAGUUUACUUGUCAGAACACCAACAGGACAUUUGGGGACUCUGAAAUGUAAUUUCUUAGAAUCUGUAAUGCCUACUUAACAUUUCAGGAUUGUAUUUAAUAAAAUGAAUAGGUGUUUGUCA